UUGCUGCUGCCUUAGCAUCGGCCACUAAUGCAGCACCAUUCGUUUUAUUGGAGAAAAACAAACGCUUGUUUUCCUUUUUGCUUUGCAGUUUUUGCUUCCGUAGUUCUUUACGAGAUAACUUUUUAUAGGAUGCGGAUUUUCGUUUAUCCUUUUUCUUUACAACCUUUGUCAUUUUUAAUAAAUGAAUUGAAAAGAAAUUGUGAUUUUUAACGAACAGCUGUUUACAGCUAACACGUGCGACGAUAACAAAUGUGAAGAAAACAAGGCUGUGUACUCCAGAAAGCUAAAGCACUCUUGCGGGUAGGAGCUUUAUAACGAAAUUGUAAAACAGUUUCAACCAAUUUAACUCUUUCAGCACUUUCGGCAAAUAUUUCCGCUCCAAAAUAAAUUUGCGAUUCCAAACGAAUUUGUUUAAAUUAUGAGUGCUUUGCUGUUUCUUUUCUGCAACUAAACGUAAACAAAACAAUACAACAAAAAAACUACAAAGUUCUGUUCGUUUUGUAUUUCCACAUGUUUUUUAUUUUGACAACCGCACAGCUGUUCAUGCUGCUAAAUAGCACCGCGUUGAAAAAGGAGUUAAAUUUUUUUUUUUUAAUUGUAAAACCGUAAAGUAAAUUCCUGAAAUGUCGACACGCUGGUAUCCAAUUUAUCAACGGGGAAAUCCCCAAUUACGUAUAUUUCUGCCGAAUUUCUGGAUGAAGCUGAUUCGGCCGGCGGAGGAACAGCCAAAAAAUGUUGCGACAUUUUCCGUUUCGAUGCAGAUGACCAAAUAUGACGUAAAGAAUUACUUGGAAAAGAUUUACAAACUGCCAGUGGUGGACGUUCGUACUCGCAUUGAAAUGGGUAAAACCAAACGAGAUCAAGCUAAGGGCUAUGUGACCAAAGAUGAUGAUGUUAAGAUUGCUUAUGUAACAUUGCCACGUACUGAGGAGUUCACUUUUCCCGAUUUAUUUGAGAAAAAAGAAGAACAAAAGAAAGCAGAAGAAAAAUCAAUGGACGAUUCGAAACAAGGCUUCAAACGUUUCCUAGAUCGCAAUAAGAAACGGCCUGGAACACCCGGCUGGUACUCGAUUUAAUUAUAUAAGCGACAUAUAUCAAUAGUCAAAAUAAAACAUUACUUUACUUUUCAUCAAA